AUCGGUUUGAGCAUGGCAUGAACAAUACAAAUCAACUACAAUACCAGGGUAUUCUUGCACACUGAAUGAAGGCCCCAAGCUGUCGCACAAAAUCUCCAAGCUAUGCACGUGUAUGCAUCUAGUUCCGUGCUGACAGUGCUGCUGAAUCUCUCUGUUCAUGUGAGCUGACCAGCCUGCUCUGUCUUCUAAAUUGAAAAUACUGCUGCACACUGAACAGCUCAAUAAAGCCCUUUCUGAAACCCAUUAACCGUACUCUUCAGGAUCUCAACUGUCCGUUCUGUUAAACGGUUUCAUUGUAUGUAAACAUCAACAAGAAUACAGAAUGCCAGGUAAGAUCAUUUAUCGCUUCAUACUGUGCAAGUAUUUAGCUAAUCUGCUUCUAGGUUUGUGAAAUGCACUUUAAAUAAAGCUUGAAAAUCUAAUUUAUAGUUCAGAUUACCUCAGGGAUUUUUGGAUGGAAUGACUCAUACUGGGCAGCAGGAAUUCUGAUGAAUAAGGCUGACAAUAUCUUUAUGGAAUGGUGGUAAUAGAUAUUAUUUUCCAGUAUGUGACAGGAAACAUGAAGAUGCAAUUUUAAGCAUUCAUCUACGAAACAAAGACAAAGGUUGUCUUGGGCCCUUGGCAAUCUUCUGUGUUUGUGUGUAUUUUUAUUAAAAAAAAAUGUAUUAUUAUUAUUUAUUUUUUUAUUAUUAUUAUUUAUUUAUUUUUACAUACAUACUUGAAUAGUGAACCAAAAGUAGGUAUCCAAUUGAAUCCAUGAAAUUCAUAACAACAGAUUAUAUGGGUACACAGGUGGUAUAGCUGCCCAUUCGUCUUGGCAAAAUGUCUCCAGGUCAGGCAAAGUCUUUGAUCAUCUUGCAUGAACCGCACGUUUGAGAUCUCUCCAUAAUGUCUCGAUGUCACAUUCGCUGACGGUACUCACUACAGAUCAGUCUGCAUCGGUUAUAGUGCCUGUGGAUGCUGCACCCCAGUCUGCAUCCUCUGUACCUCAAUUCACAGCCAGGAAACUUAGAGUGAUUGCUCCGCCAUUCCAAGUUGGCCGCCGCUGCAGGAGGAGACUGGUCUUCAGGUCAGAGGUUGGAGGAAGUGUGGCUGAGGGGCGGAGCCAGGACAAUGAUGCAUCCAAGAUGGGUCUGAGUCCCACAGUCUGUCACAUUGACCUGAGGUAACCCCUUCAACAGGUGAGACCUGGUUAUGUGAUUGAGACACUCCUUUAUAAUCAGAGCACAGCUUUCAGUCAGUGCUUGGUUGUUUUUUUGCCUGUCUCAGAACUCCUAGCAUUUGUUUCCCUGUGUUUCCUGUCCUUGCUGGUUUCCUGACUUUGCAUGCUCUCUGGAUUUUUCUGAUUACCGCCCGCCCUAAUCUCUGGCCCGUCUGACUCUGAUUUCUGCCUGACCCUUCUUCAGAUACCUUGGCUUGGAUUUUUUUCUGUUAUUUUAUUAAAGCCCCCUGUGCCAUCACUGAACCAACAGACUGCUGUUCUCAAACUCAUGCUCUCUGUGUAUCAUGCUUGCAAGGGAGAACUGUUACUGCACCUAAGUUCCAGGACUGAACAUGACCACAGUGGUUUGUUACAAUCGAUGAUAUUAAGGUCAGGAGACUAUGAUGGUCACUCUAGAACCUUCACCUUUUUGUGCUGUAACCACUGGAGUGUAAACUUGGUCUCGUGCUUAGGGUCAUACACUGUCAUACUGAAAAGUCCAAGAGCGUCCCAUGUGCAGCCUUCUUGCGGAAGAAUGCAAAUUGUCUGCCAAUAUUUUCUGAUAACAUGCUACAUUCAUCUUGCCAUCACUUUUUAUAAGAUUCCCCAUGCCUUAAGAGCACACACCCUAAAAAACAUCAGUGAGCCAAAACAAUGCUUCACAGUGGAGAUGGUAUUCUUUUCAGUAUAGGCCUUGUUGACAACUCUCCAAACAUAGCGCUUAUGGUUGUGACCAUAAAGCUCUAUUUUGGUUUUAUCACUCCAAAUUACAGUGUGCCAGUCAGAAGCUGUGAUGUGUGUCAAAGUGUUGUCGGGCAUAUUGUAACCCGGAUUUUUUGUGGCAUUGGCGCAGUGAAGGUUUCUUUCUGGCAACUCGAUCAUUUUUGUUCAAGUAUCAUCGUAUUGUGCUCCUUGAAACAACCAGAGCAGCCUGUAUUUCUCCUGAGGUUACCUGUGGGUUCUUUGUAUCCCAAACAAUUCUUUGGGCAGUUGUGGCUGAAAUCUUUCUUGGUCUACCUGACCUUGGCUUGGUAUCAAGAGAUUCCUGAAUUUUUCACUUCUUAAUAAAUGAUUGAACAUCUUUUUAUAUCAUUUUCCAUCCUUAUAAAGUUCCAUUACCUUGCUCUGCAGGUCUUUUUUGACAGUUCUUUUCUGCUCCCCAUGGCUCAGUAUCUAGCCCUCUCAGUGCAUCCAUGUGAGAGCUAACAAACUCAUUGACUAUUUAUACACAGACACUAAUUGCAAUAUAAAAAGCCACGGUUGUGGGAAUUUAACAUUUAAUUGCCAUUUUAACCUCUGUGUGUCACCUUGUGUGUCUGUAACAAGGCCAAACAUCCAAGGGUAAGUAAACUUUUGAUCAGGGCUAUUUGGGUGAUUUCUGUUAUCAUGAUUUAAAAAGGAGCAAAACAACUAUGUGAUAAUAAAUGAUUUCAUAUGAUCACUACCCUUCAAUAAAAUAUUUUCUUUGCAGGAUCAGUCAUAUUCUCAUAAUCAAUGCCAAAAUUUUAAAAUUUCUGCCAGGGUAUGCAAACUUUUUUAGCACAACUGUGUGUGUCUGUGUGUGUGUGUCUCUGUGUGUGUGUGUGUGUGUAUAUAUAUAUAUAUAUAUAUAUAUAUAUAUAUAUAUAUAUAUAUAUAUAUAUAUAUAUAUAUAUAUAUUAGAUAUAGAUAUACACUGCACAUGUGUAUGUUGCCUUUACUUGUUAUAUUUCAAACACUACCAGAUCAGACAGGAUUAUUUACUUAAAGGACCACUAUAGUGCCAGGAAAACAUACUCGUUUUCCUGGCACUAUAGUGCCCUGAGGGUGCCCGGGUGCCCGCCGGGCUGGAUGGCAAGGAAAGGGGUUAGACUUACCUUUUUUCCAGCGCCGGGCCGGGAGCUCUCCUCCUCCUCUCCGCCUCCGAUCCUCCUCUUCGGCUGAAUGCGCAUGCGCGGCAGGAGCUGCGCGCGCAUUCAGCCAGUCAUAAUGCUUUCUCUGAAACUGCUAUGUUUAUAAAAAAAAAAAAAAAAAGGGUUAAUCCUAGAGGGACCUGGCACCCAGACCACUUCAAAAAACUGAAGUGGUCUGGGUGCCUAGAGUGGUCCUUUAAGUAAGGAUUCAAAGUGAAAUUCCAAGUUAAGAUCUAAAUAAUUGACAUCUGUCUGGAAAAUAUCCAGCCAUGUAAUAUGUAAAAUAGAGACAUUUUUUGAAAAAGAUUCAAGAAGCAUUGUAUAUGGGAGAAUGAUGCCUCAGUCCCCUUCAAAGAAGGCACUUUGGGACCUCACACAUUUCUCCCAGCAUCUCUUCUACUGAUUACAAAACUCUGCAAAAUCCUUUGUUGGAAUGGCCAUCAGUUGCUUUGUCGUAUUUACCUAAAUCUUAUUGACGGUCUGAAAUCUCUUUCUUUUCAAAGGUAAUUUUAGAUUUGGAAAAAAAAUUCCAGAAGUCUCAUGGCACCAAAUCUUUCAACAGAUUCUCCACCAUCUUUAAAGCAUUUGUGCCACAUUUUUAUUAGCUCUGCAAUAAUUCAUUGUCCCCAAAAGUGUUCUGGAUCAUCAGAAUAGUUUUUGCGGAAGAAUGUUCAAGCUUACGAUUUGAUGCAGAUUUGUUGCUGUACUCACUCAGUAAUUUUGAAUACGACAGCAACAAAAUACACAUGCUCACGGGUGCAGAGUCAACUGAGGACCGGAGCGGACACUCUUGUCAGAGCUCUAUACCUAGCCCAGCCUUAAAGUUAAAUAAUUGGUGGAAUUUAUGCACUCACCCACCCACAAAUCCUGUUAAUGGGGCAAAAAAACAAAAUGGCAAAGCCAGACAAGGUCCCUACAAACAGGAAUAUUGGAGACUUCCUACGGGACUCACAAAAGCAUACCUGGGACAAAAUGGCCCUGGGGAAAGAGGACUCCUCUUACACCUCGGAAGACUGGAGCAGAAGUUGUCAAUCUCCAAAGAUAACAGCUCUUGACCUCAGAGGGUGGAUGCACUAAAGGACCUGAAGCGCAGGUAUUAGCUGAAGAUUCGGGGUAUCCCGGAAACAGUGGGUCUCCCCAAUCUGCCACAUCAUCUGUUCAGCUUUUAUUUGCAAACUUACUACCACCUAAACAGACGAAGCAAGUGAAACUGCAUGGAAUGUUCAGGCUGCCGAAACCAGAAAACGCAACAACUACCGCAACCGCUCACAGCUGAAGGUGUUCCCAGAACUAAUCAGAAAUUCACUCACCUAGCGCAAAUCUCUACAACCCCUCCUGCAGCACCUCCGUGCUAAAGACAUUCCCUAAUUCCCUACAGAUGGGACGCACCUAAACAGUUGCUGUUCAUUCACUCGGGGACUGUGCAUAGAGCUCGGAACUACCCAGAACUAGGGAAUCACCUAUACAACCUUGGCAUAAUGGAGCCCCAGGUGAUGGACAUAGCGGACCUCUCUCGCUUGGAUCUCUUUGCAGUCAAGUAAUUCACUCCCUGUGCCUCAAAGUGCAUAGUACCUGCUGGAGAGCCGACCUGAGGUGGUACAACAUGAAGCAAGAAGUAUCCUGUCUCCCACUAUGGGAACACCCAUUUUCCACCAUUAAGCACAGUUGAAAUUUUUUUUUAUUUUAUUUAGUUUUCAUUCUUUUAAUUUACUUUUAAACUCAUUUGCUUAUGUUAUAGAUCUUGACAGGUUUAUAGACUGUAUAUUCUAGUUAACACGCAUAGUAUAUGUGCAGUAGGACAGAGAAGUCUACUGCCUGCAUCAAGUCCAAUGCAUAAUACUAUCUACCUGUAGACCCCUACCCCCUCCAUCUACUUAAUAGAGCAUGCCUUUUUGGUAGUUCAGGUUAUAACGGAAGGCAGUACAUCCCCGGGAGUGCAUAAUAUUUGCUGUGUUAGCUUCCUACUAGGAUUGUUACCAUAUGCCUACUGGAGAAUACUCGUUGAUAUUGUUCUUAAUUGCAUUACUCUUGAAUACAUAAAAAUUUUAUGUGACAUCCCUGAAACAUGUACUUACCUCUGCACUCAAAAAUAAAGAUUUAUUUUUUUAAAGUACACAUGCUCACUCAAUAGCGUCUAGCACCCGCACUGACUAGAACAGUCAAGUUGUCAUCGUUCAUACAUUCACAUUCAAGUCCACUCUCCUUGGCUGCCAGGUUACAUCAAUAUCGUUCUUACUCUUCUCAUUAUAUUAACAGUAGAUGGACUUUUGACAGACAGACCUCAGGACUGCUCAGGACUUUCCUCAGGACAGCAGGGACUGAAACGUCAAUCAUCUGUAGCACUACAAGCACUUUGUGGAAGUGUUUUUUAUUAAGAUAAAGAAAUAAAUGCUAAGUUUUAACAUGGAGACCGUGAAUGCAGACUACCUUUUGGCAUAUUUUUUUUAUAUACAUCUGACUUAGGUCUGACACCUGGCAAUAAACUGUUGCAAUCUAUUGGAGCAUGAGCGCAAAAGACAUUUAUUGUUUUAUAUAUAUACAGUGGGACCUCGCUUUACAAACGCCUCGGUUAACAUAAUUUUUGGUUUACAAAUGAAAAUCCAUUGAAAAUCCAAAUUAUUAUUUUUAUAAUUUACAAAGUAGAAAGAAUAUGUUAGAGAUCUUGUCAUUUCAUCCUCAUCAAAAAAGUCAUUUUAACAUUAUUAAUUAAUUCAUUAUAAUAUUUAUUUAAAGAAACAUUCAUUAUAGUAAGCUUGCAUAAUUAAAAAGACAUCCAUUAUGAUAAAAUAGCAUAAUUUUGAUAUUUUAAUAACAUCAAACAUUCUAUAAAAUUAUUGGGGAAUACUGGAAGGUUCUUAAUUUCAAAUAAUACUGGGAUAUUUCAAAUUAGGCUAAAAAUGAUAAGUUCCUUAAUAUUUAAAAUUCCAAAAAUACAUAAUUGCUUAACUAUAAAAUAGUAAGGAUAUCAAGACUAUAUAGGUUAAUAAAAAAGGAGAAUGUGCAUACUUUUAAAAAUUUAUUUAUAUUUUGAACCUAAUAUGCAUAAAAGGAAUAUAAUAAAAUAAACCUAAUAUAAAGUAAAAUAGGUAUUUAUAUAGUAAAAUAGGUAUUUGUAUAGUAAUACAUGAACAUGACAAGUAGGGAUUUUUUAAAUAUGGAAACUACUUAAAAGAAUAAAGUUGGUACUAUUAGGUACAAAAUAUGCAAUAGAAAAUAAGACAAUCCAUUAGAAAUUAAAUGAGAAAAUGGCACAUUUCAAAGUCUGCAUUUAAACCAUUUGGAAUGAGACUAUUAAGUUUAAAUAUCCAUUCCAUUUCUAUUUUACUUAACUUUUGGUUAAAAUUUCCUCCUCUGCAAUCUUUAGUUAUUUUAUUAAUUCCUAAAAAAAUUGUACCUUUUACUUCGCAAUCAUGAUGAUUUUUAUAAUGCAGAGACACACUGUGUUUUUCAAAUCCCUUACUUAUAUUGCGGCCAUGUUGCAUGUUGAAUUUUUCCUCCAAACUAAGGGGACGGCCAUGGGGACCAAGUUUGCCCCCAGUUAUGCAAAUCUUUUUAUGGCCCAUUGGGAAAACGCAUUUAUAUAUGGGCAGCAUGACUGGGUGGAAAACUUGGUCACCUAUGGCCGGUAUAUAGAUGACAUCUUCUUUAUAUGGGAAGGGAGGGAGGAAGACUUAUCCUCCUUUUUAAACUAUAUAGAUACCAAUACAUGGGGGAUUCAUUUAACAUGUAACUGGAGCAAGCAAGAAAUAAUUUUUUUAGACUUAUGUAUAUAUAUAUAUAUAUCGAAAACAAUUUUAUCAAAACUAAAAAUCACUUUAAAGCAGUGGAAGCAAAUAGCUGCCAUUUUUCACCGUGGUUAGAAAAUGCCCCUAAGGGGCAAUUCCUGAGGAUAAGGAGAAACUGCACUGAUAUAGGGACAUUUGAUGUACAGUCUACUAAAAUUAAAAAAGACAUCUUAGAAAAGGGAUAUGAAGAAGAAAAAUUGGAAAAAUCAAGACUAGAAAUUAAAGAAAUAGAAAGGAAAGAUCUUAUACAGUAUAAAGAGAAAAAGAAUGAUGAAAUCAAUAAAAUCCCAUUUAUAUGCACUUUCAGCUCCGAUAAUUAUAAAGUAAGGAAAACUGUAUCGAAAUAUUGACCAAUUUUACUUCAAGACCCUACUCUCAAAACCUUUCUCCCUGAUAAACCUCAUUUCAUACAUAGGGGAAUUAAUAAUUUAAAACAUUCCCUAACAUCGAGUUACAUAAAAGAAAAAUCUAAAAACAAUACUAAGUUUUUUAACACAGAAAAGGGGUUCCAUGGAUGCGGACAAUGUCUAGCCUGUAAAAGAACUAAUAAUAAAAAAAGACAAGUUAAAAACUUUAAGUCGAAUGUUGGUAUAGAAUAUCAAAUUAAAGAAUUUAUUACCUGUUAUUCUAAGAAUUUAAUCUACCUUAUACAAUGUCCUUGCGGCCUAAAUUGUAUAGGAAAAACUACUAAACCAUUGCAUAUAAGGAUAGAAGAACAUGGCCGCAAUAUAAGUAAGGGAUUUGAAAAACACAAUGUGUCUCUGCAUUAUAAAAAUCAUCAUGAUUGCGAAGUAAAAGGUACAAUUUUUUUAAGAAUUAAUAAAAUAACUAAAGAUUGGAGAGGAGGAAAUUUUAACCAAAAGUUAAGUAAAAUAGAAAUCGAAUGGAUAUUUAAUGGAGAAAUAAAGUAAACAGACUGCAGGUCAGGAGUCCGGAUACAAGUCAAGGGCUCAUGAGCUGCACCACUGUAACCACCUAAUAGGGAGCUCCAAUGAGGGGGUAACUCUCUAAAAUAUGUAGGUAAUAGGAGUAGGUGAUUUGUAGAGUCCCACAAAGGGAAACCAACAUCAAGAGCGCUCCACUGUAUAAAAAAUGAGGAAGGAUCAAUCUAAGGAUAAAAAGGGAUAUGCAAACAAAAAGUAUAACUUGAAAAAAGGGAGAUCUACUAAACGGUGCCCAGGGGAUCAGUUGUCUGGAGUACUAGCUAGCAUCUAAGUUCCAGUUCCCCUAGUGUCCGACUGACAGAAAGGUAGUGUAAACGCGGUUAGGGAGAGAGAAGAAGCACAGGGUCCCCAGAGAACAAGGGACCGGGUAAUCAGGUCUAAACGCAGAUGAAAAGCCUCACACAAAAAAAUAAAUAAUGAAAUAAAUUCAAUUCACCCUAAAAGUUACCUCGACACCGUAGUCUAACCACUUGUGUCUACCUGAACCAACUCUCCCUACUAAAGUUAUAAAUAAAUAAACACCUAAAAAUCAAUAACCAUAGUGGUAACAAAAAUAAAAAAGUGCUACCAAGUGCAAAGAUUAAAGAAAAAGAAAACGCUCGACGUGCGUUUCGGCAUGUUCAAAAUGCCGUCUUCAGGUGCCUUUGUAAAGGUACAAUUUUUUUAGGAAUUAAUAAAAUAACUAAAGAUUGGAGAGGAGGAAAUUUUAACCAAAAGUUAAGUAAAAUAGAAAUGGAAUGGAUAUUUAAACUUAAUAGUCUCAUUCCAAAUGGUGCAGACUUUGAAAUGUGCCAUUUUCUCAUUUAAUUUCUAAUGGAUUGUCUUGUUUUCUAUUGCAUAUUUUGUACAUAAUAGUACCAACUUUAUCCUUUUAAGUAGUUUCCAUAUUUAAAAAAUCCCUACUUGUCAUGUUCAUGUAUUACAAAUACCUAUUUUACUAUAUAAAUACCUAUUUUACUUUAUAUUAGGUUUAUUUUAUUAUAUUCCUUUUAUGCAUAUUAGGUUCAAAAUAUAAAUACAUUUUUAAAAGUAUGCACAUUCUCCUUUUUUAUUAGCCUAUAUAGUCUUGAUAUCCUUACUAUUUUAUAGUUAAGCAAUUAUGGAUUUUUGGAAUUUUAAAUAUUAAGGAACUUAUCAUUUUUAGCCUAAUUUGAAAUAUCCCAGUAUUAUUUGAAAUUAAGAACCUUCCAGUAUUCCCCAAUAAUUUUAUAGAAUGUUUGAUGUUAUUAAAAUAUCAAAAUUAUGCUAUUUUAUCAUAAUGGAUGUCUUUUUAAUUAUGCAAGCUUACUAUAAUGAAUGUUUCUUUAAAUAAAUAUUAUAAUGAAUUAAUUAAUAAUGUUAAAAUGACUUUUUUGAUGAGGAUGAAAUGACAAGAUCUCUAACAUAUUCUUUCUGCUUUGUAAAUUGUAAAAAUAUCGCUGAGUAAUUAAGGACAGACAGAACGUUGAAAUCCACAGUGGAACGCACUGUGGAACGCACAGCCCUGAAAAAGCCGAAACCGGAAGUGACAUAUCGGCUUGUAAUAAGGAAGUAAACAGACUCAAAGGAGGCUUGAAACACAGGGUAUCUCCGUUGUUAUGGAGAAUACCCGCGAAAAUUCAAGCACAUACAGCUGAAUAUACAAUCAAGAAGGGGAUUUAAAGCAGGAAAGAGGUCCACAGGAGCAACACAGAUUUUUCCAGCUGAAGAAGCCUUUUGGUGAAACGCGUUCUGGAGGAAAAGUGAGCACAGAGACUUUUUGGGACUUUAUUGGACUUUUAGCCGAAUAAGUGUUAUGUUAUAUAUUUUUUUAUAAGAUUUUUUACUUCUGUUGAAUAAAUUUUAAUAUAGUCAAUAAAUAAUAUUAUUUGAUACACUUAUGGCUUUUUUCCUGCUAAUAUAAAGAAGGAAUGUGGUCCUUAACCACAUAUGCGCAUUGAAGUGAGCCUAAACAUCGGCUCUGGGUUUGUGAGUACCUAAUUCACUAUUUUAUAUGUACUAUUUAUAAUACAGAUGAUACUGGGCUAUAUACCCCCUUCUAUACUCAUAUAGGAUUGGAUUGCAGAAAUACGAAGAAGGGAGAGGGUCGCCUACACGGACCCUAAGGCGCAAUAAUCUGAGCUAGAUUUAAUAGCUCAGAAAAGUGUGAGUUGCCAAUUGGCAUUCUUUUAAAAAAUCCUUUUUCCUUUUAAAAAAUAGUUUGCACUAUGUUGUUUAUCUCUUUUUGUUUUGUUUAAAGGUUAAUACGAAAUUAUUGACAACGCAAAAAGAAAUUAUUAUUUAAAGGUAUACUUGUAUUUAUAUUCUUCCAUAUCUAUUUCAUUUUACAUAUAAGCGCUUCACCGGUACUCCUUUCUAUUUCUUACCACCUUUGUUUAAAUGAAUGGUUCCUGUCCAACUUUUGUAGUUGUGAUUUGCGUAUUUACAUCCUUGAGUUCAUCUAUGCCAUACACUGACAAGGAUGUGAAAUUUAUAUUGCCUGAUACCCUGGACAUGUAGUUAACUUUUAGCCCUGCUGUAAGCCAGGGUAGGAAGCAAAAGGCUUUACUUUUGGUGGGUGCAGACCUCGGUAAAUGCCCUCUCACUUUCAUGUGUUCUCCAAUGAGUCAGAGCCACCAGGAUUCUAAGCAUCCACUCUGACUCACUGAAUGCUGCGAAGACCAUGAAGGAGUGAUUACUGUGGAAUACACCUACCGGAUGUGCAGGUCUCACUCUCUCACACUAAACCAUCAGGGAUCCUGGACUCCCACUAUACCACUAGGGAUCCAAAGUCCCCAGUGGACCACCAGGCUUUCAGGACCCCCACUGGACCGUCAGGAAUCCAGACAAGGAAAGGGUAAGAUAGGUGCAGGUGCUAGCAUAGAAAAUCAGGAGAAGUAGCUGCUAGAAUGCAAAAUCAGGAAAUCAAAGUAGUCAAAGUAAAUAUGCUAGUUACAGUAUGCUAAAUUAUGUCAUAACGAUUCAGAAAAUUGUCUAAACACCUACACACUUAUUAAACUUUAACAGGUUAGACAUGGGGUGGGCGAUGAGUACUUCAGAAAAAUAUUAAUAUUAUUUAAAAUAAAAAAUCAGUUUAAGAAAAAGAAGAAACAUUUAUUCUUCAUUCCAUUUUGUUACUUUUGAUCUCCCCACUGGCCCAUAAAGGGACAUAGUUACUUUUUGGACUGAGCCUGGCUCAAACAAGUGACUAAUGGAUCACUGAGCCACCUGGGGAGUUCUUUUGAUGCCCACUGGGCAUAUGCACAGUCUGAGCAUGCUCCGAUGGCAACAAUAACCUAAACCAAGUAUUUUCGGUAGCUGUGGAUUAAACCUGCACAAUGCUGAGGAAGAACUUUUGGCCACUCUUCCUUACACCACUACCUCAGCUCAGCCAUAUUCUUAGGAUGUGAACAGCUCUCUCUAUUCUUAGGAUGUGGUGUGAAAAGCUUUCUUGAGGUCAUUACACAGCAUCUCUAAGGGUUUAUGGUCUGGGCUAUGACUGGGCCACUCCAAAAGGUAAAUGUUUUAUUUGUUUCAUUCUGUAGUAGAUUUACUUCAAUAUUUAUCAUUGCCUGCUGCAUCACCUAACUUCUACUGAACUUCAGUUGGUGCACAACCACAAUGAAAUUAUCCUGUUGGAUAUCUUGAUAAACUUGGGAAUUUGUUUUUCCCUUACUGAUGGCAAAAGGUCCAGGCCCUGUAGCAGCAAAGCAGCCUCAAAUCAUGCGACUCUAGGGUUCUUUUUUGCAUCAUUGAGAAUUAUGCAAUGUGCGCCUUCAUCUUGGCUGGACGACCACUUCUAGGGAGAUUAGCCACGUUACUAAAUCAUCUUCAUUUAUAGACAAUUUGCCUAACAGUGGGCAGAUAAAUAAAAAGUUCUUUGAGAAAACGUUUAAAAUAAUUUCUAGUUUUAUGCAACGCAACAAUUCUUGAUCACAGGUAUUGUGAGAGCUCUUUUUCUUGCGAGGCAUGGUUCACAUCAAUAUAUGCUUUUUGUAAAAAUCAAACAAAAAUGUGUGAGUGUUUUUCUAAAAGUCAAAUCAAAGUAGCUCUAAACCACACCUCCAAUCUUGUUUCAUUAAUUGGACAGCAAGUUUGCCAUUUUCGAACUCGAAUUAGCUUUUGUUGAAGUCAUUAGCAUAGUGUUCAACAUACUUUUUGCAACCUAUAUAGUGAUUAUUUGAAUGAUAUAUUCUGUAUGUAUAAUAACAGUACAAUAAUUUGUGUAUUACUUAAAUCAUUGUGUUUGUUGAUUACUGUUAGCUUAGAUGAACAUCAAACCAAAUUUUAAGACAAAUUUAUACAUAAAUGCAAUAAUUUCUAAAAUCAUUUCACAUACUUUUCUUGUCAGUGUAGUUGAUGUGAAGCACAGUUAUGGGUAAGCAAAAAUAACUUAUUACGGUUAUUGAACAAUUUAUUUUCAUUCUAGGCAAAAAUGUUCUAAUAGUGUAUGCGCACCAGGAGCCAAAGUCUAUGAAUGGAUCUCUGAAAAACAUUGCGGUAGAUGUAUUACAGAAGCAAGGAUGCAGCAUCAUCAUAUCAGAUCUCUAUUCCAUGAAUUUCAAUGCAGCAGCAACCCGAAAUGACAUUACAGGUACAAUCCUGAAACUCUCUACUUUAUGAAUGACUGUGAGAGAUGAUUGGAGAAUGGAGACACAUCAAGUGAUGUGUGUGUGUGCCUGUGUGUACCUGCCAGUGCCUAUCUGAGUGCCUAUCUGAGUAUGUGUGUCUGUGCUACAAAAUAGAGGUUUAUGGCCACAACACCUCUUAGGUCAGUAUCUAAGCGAAGAGACGGUAGGAAAAAAAACAAAAAAAAAAAGAUAAAAAACAAUAUUAGUGAUCUAAAAACAUGGAAAGCUAGUAGAGGUGGAUAUAUGGAGAAUAAAAACACAAUGAUCCGAUUGCAGGGACUAUACCUGUGAAUAACAGGAAAAAAAAUUACUUGUGUAACAUGGAAGCAGAGACCAUAACUGAUAUGUUAUUAAGUAAUACCAAAAUAAUACAAAAAACGUAUUAUAUUAGUAUAUAUUAUAUUAUAUAACAUAUAUUAUUAAUAUAUCUCAGUGGAAGCAGGAAAAAUCCCUAUCUAUAUUAAGGCCAUUAGGGUAACGAUUAUCAAGUUUGUAACUCCAGAACAACUCACAUUGUUAAGUCUCCUGUUCAUGUCUCCCCCUCGUGCAGGUGUUUUACAUGUUCAAUGGCCAUGCACCACAAUUGGGCCACUUAGUGCCUAUGUGUGCCUCAAACUGUGUCGCAACUGCUGAGAGCUGAUUACAAUAAGAGUGUAUUGCUCUUGUGCUUUCCUACCAUCACUGAGAGAGCACAACUGGUUUUCCCUUUGUAGGCUAAGCCAUAUGGGCAUUAGCAUAUAUUCCACAUCCGUAGUUUCACAGUUUAACCUGUCACGGAGGGAAUAUUUUUUGCCUGUCCUUGGGUGGAAGAUGUUUGCCGAAUCUCUACAUACCCUUAAUGUUAAAAACACAAUUCCCAGUGCACUGUGAAAUAAAGGGUAUACCUGCCUGCACUAAGGAUUCUGAUUCUCUUGUAAGAUUUAAAACUGUAUUUUUUAUUUUGUGCACUGUUCCUUAAUCUGUAUUUCAGACCUGAAAUACAGGCACGUUUUCUGAGCACAAGAGAUACAGAAAACCCAGAAAAUAGUUUUGUUCUUCAUUUUGCCUCGUCAGUAAGGGUUAGUAGAUAUCCCCAAUGCAUAGUGAGCAAGGAGUCCAUGUCUGGAUUACCAUUUUUACUUAGGUAUACCCUAGUCAUUUCUGUAUACAUUAGCCAAAAAAACAAGAGUUAGAAGAAACUGAGCCAGUCUCAUAUAAGACUAAUCCCACCCACAAGGGCAGUCCAUAACUGAAAUACCAGCAGGUACCAAAGACAUAGUGGAGACAUAACCGAAGGUUUGCAAACAUUGGAGAAGAUGGGAUACACACUAGAUGAUUGGGAUACAGAAGGUGAGUGGGGAUGAAAACACAGAGUAUGUCAUAUAAGGAAACAUGGACAAAGCCCAUUUCUAAUUCAGAACAAAGAAAAAUGCUGAACUGGAUCUCACGGAACAUGAACCAUUAUUGUCUGGCUCUUUACUUGUCUGUGUCACUGAGGCCUUGCUACUCCAUCAUUAACUUUGGUUGAUUUUUUUCCAUUUAUUGUGUUGAAAUUGUGAAUUAAAAGAGCUGCAUGUUCAAUAGUAGAACAGUCCAGAUUUCAAGGAUCCUGUAUUUAGUUCCCUGGUGUCCCUGAUUGGAACUGUCUCCAGGCAGCACAGCACUCACUGUGCAGAAGGCAUUAGGCACAUAUAGAGAGCACUUUAAAAGUGUGGUCCUCUAUGUAGGUUCCUGGCCUGGAGUACAUGUUAUCCUAAUUCUGCUUUAUCUUUGUAGGAGAACUAUGCAAUCCACAGCACUUCCGCUAUGGAACAGAGACAAUGGAAGCAUUCAAGAAAGGUGUUUUGUGUGAAGAUAUACUCAAAGAACAGGAAAAAGUUAAAGUAGCCGACUUAAUUAUAUUUCAGGUAAUCAGCUUAAAAUUGUUAAUUGCAACAAAACAAGGAAAUAUGAGAACUCUGAGAACUGCCCAUCGAUAAAUCAUCACUCACUUGUGCCAUUACAGAGAGAACCAGUUCCAAGGCAUAUUAGAUUAAUCCCAUUAAAAAUGUUAAUUGCAUGAACCACAGCCAGUUGAAUACAAAACUGUGCCUCUGCAUUUCAAUUUACCUGCUUUAUGACUAGUCAUAUUUACGACCAGCUCUCUAACGUGUGGAUUCGAGGAAUCAUUAGAAAGCUGGUUUAUCUUUGGGGAAUUUUUCCCAAACAUAGAUUUCAGGGAUUCCCUGCGCUAGUGAGCUAAUCUAUGUUUGGAGAAUUUUCCCCCGAACAUAGAUUCAUGGGAUCUUCCCCAAACAUAGACCUGUUCUCUAGUGCAUGCACUUUAGCACAUCCUCGCUUACUGACCAAUUAGUUUUACGACUGAGUCGUAAGAACGGAACCAAGUCGGUUUUUGGAAUGUCUGUGUGGGUCAACUGGAAAUUUUUAUAUAUAUAUAAAUAUAUAUAUAUCUUCCAACAAUGGACAAGAAUAAAUAUAUUCUAUAUAUAUUUUCCAACAAUGGACAAGAAUAAAGGGGAGCCUAACAUUACCUUUAACCACUGGUGCUGUCUCCAUACUGAGUUUUUAUUAUCUGCAGUUUUUGACUGGAUUUGGUUGACUUAACUUCUAGACUUUCUAGGAGGGUGUAUAAGUGAUGUUGUGUGGGAGGAGUUCCUAAAAGAAAUGUCAUGAGCUGUUCAACACCUUAAAAGAAAAUAUCUCAGGCACUUGCUGUUAUAAAUUUAAGCAGAUUUAAUGGACAGCGCAACGUUUCGACAUGUACCCAGUUCUUUAUCAAGCUUGACUGAGUCCCUGAGACCCAUCCUCAGUCAGCACCCUGUAAUUUUUAUGAUUGAGUGCAACCCUCUUUUCUCUUGUGAUACCUGUUCAACACCUGAAACCUAUGUCUAAAUUGUAAGUUAUUUCAAGGAGGGUCCUCAGCAACCUAUUGCUUCUGUUAUAAUUUGUGAUUGUCUCAUUUAUUGUUAACUGUCCCCCUUUAUAACAUCGCAAAGUGCUGCUGAAUAUGUUGACACUAUAUAAAAAAAAAUAAUAAUAAAUAUAUGUAUUUUGGAAACAACAUCAACACCCUAGAGGUCUGAGUCCUUCCUUUAAAGGAACACUAUGUAUUCCUGACCCUAUAGUGUUUAAUCCACCAUUUAGGUGGUAUGCCCUCCUUAGCCCCCUUAAAAAUGUUAAAACUCACCUUAUUUCCAGCGCUGCAUGAGUCCGCUGAUGCUGGCCCUGCAUGAGUCCGCUGACGCUGAUCCGCCUAAUUGAUGACAUCAUCAGAAGUUCAGAUUUGUGGAAAGCAUUGGAUUGGCUGAAAUCGGCAAGGAGGCAGGGUUGGGGUGGGGUCAAACAGCACCUCCUCAUAGAGAUGCAGAGCUUGGAGAAGCUGAAAGGCAGUGCUCCCUACCGUGCAGCAGAGAGUGGCCACUUGGAGGUGUCCCUAGGGGGCCACUUGGAGGUGUCCCUAGGGGGCAAUGUAAACACUGCCUUUUCUCUGAAAAGGCAGUGUAUGCAUGCAAAUGCCUGAAGGCAUGAUUAUACUCACCAGAACAGUUCCAUUAAGCUGUAGCUUGUAAGCUGUAGCUGUAGUUGUUAUGGUGACUAGAGUGUCCCUUUAAAUCUUUUACUCAAUGACAGCCCUAUAAGACAGGGUAAAACACAGGCCUGUCUUUUAGAUUGCCCAGAAUCUUAUGGCCCAAUGCCAAACCAAUGGAAAGUGUUAAAAAAAAUCUAGUUAGAGCAGACUAAGCAUGUCUGAGGGGUAUAUACCUAGAAAAUAAUGAUUUUUUUUCUAAAAAAAUAAAAAAUUUCCCAAAAUCUUGACAUAAUUAGUUGCUCUGCAGUAUCUCCAGCCAUGACGAAUCAAUCAACACUCAAAAGACACAGAUGUGUCAUUAGUCUUUACUAAGAACAUUGGAUUAUUUUUUUCAACAAAAAUUGGGAGGGUGCUGCGCCUCCUGCCCCUUUGGAACCUCCUCCACUGCUUUUAACAGAGUUCAGUAGGAAAUUAAAGGCACAUACUUUUAAAUGAGCAAAUAACACAUUGCAAGCAAAUAUAGACUUGAAAAAGCUAAAUUGCUUCUUAUCACCAUUAGUGAAACUGCUGUAUAAACUGUAUGGUGCCCCCCAUUAUUACACAGAUCAGUCAGCCUAAUGCUACAUCACAGUAAUUUCUGUUAAAGGGAUACUAUAGUGCCAGGUAUACAAAACUGUAUUCCUGGCACUAUCACUCCCCCUGUUUUCCCACUCCCUCGCGCCCCUUCCCUCCCUGGUGAAUAAAGGGCUAAAAACCCUUUAUUUACUUACCUGAUCCCAGCACCAAUAUCCCUCGACGGUAGGUCAACGCACCCCCUCGGAUAUCCCACAAUGAGUGGGCGCUAUUGCACAUGCACAGCAAAUGCCGCACGCAUUAUACCUUCCUGUAGGAAAGCAUUGAAUCAAUGCUUUCCUGUGGGAAAAAUCUUACGCUGGAUGCCCUCAUGUAGAGCGUCAGAUACUGGAGCAAAGGUCCGUUUUGAUCCAAGAAGCACCCCCCUAGUGGCUGUCUGGCAAAAGGGACACAGCACACAGACCACUUCAAUGAGCUGAAGUGGUCUGGGUGCCUAUAAUGUCCCCUUAAAACACACAUGAUACUAUAUUAUAUAAAAUGUAAUAAUCACUUCUGUGAGCCUUCCCUAAUUUUCUUAUCUUUACUUUUUCCACCAGUGGCACUGUACUGUUUUAAUGUUGGCAGUCUUUGGUUUUGGCUGCAGAUUGGCAGUCCUAGGUGAUUUGGCUGUAAUGUUGUCACUGUUCAAAAAUGUUCAGCUUAACAUAUCAUCCUGGCAUGCUGUUAGUUAUAUCCUGCUUUGUUUUUGUUUUUUUAUAACAUAAAUCUGAAUUUACUUUAUUGCAGUUCCCUUUGUAUUGGUACAGCUUUCCUGCCAUAAUGAAGGGCUGGAUAGAUCGAGUAUUUGUACAGGGCUUUGCCUUUGAUUUUCCAGGUUGUUAUGAUACAGGAUUACUGAAGGUAUUUAUGCAUACAUUAUACAUUGAAAAAUUUUAUUAUAAAUACUAUAAAUUAAGAAAAUAAAAAGCAUUAUUCCCACAAUUUCAUUCUGUCUGAAGACACUGCAAUGUCAGUGUAUAACAGAUUUCUUUUAUAAAUGUGAAAGGAUAACCUUUUAUUUAGGGCAAGCUUUUUGCAUCUGUCUGCAAACCAUAACCACUACAGCCCAGUUAUAUACCAUAUCAUACCAUUUUUAAAUGGUUGAACUAAAACAAGGGUUCCUUUAGGUACCCAGAGAUUACUCGUUCAUUUGUUGUACUAAAGGGUUAAUACAACUACCAUCGCCCCUCCUGCUUUUAGAACUAGUGUGGUGGUAGGAAUGUGUAUCGCAGAAUAUCUGCUUGAAAAGCUGCACAUACUGAGAUAAAUGCACUUGUGUGCCGGGGGACUAGUAAUACCUCCAGCACACAUGACUCUGAAACUCUAAAAUAAGUCCGUACUCAGUGCGAAUUGCACAUUGCCAAUGGACAUAAUUAGAUUAUCCAUUGCGGGCAGAGCCAGCAUUUGUCUCCCCUCCCUUCUUCCUAUACAGAAGCUUUCCCGCCUGCUAUACCCUCAGUUAUUCUUCAUUUUACUAACAAACUUGCCUUCUGAGCCAGUUAAAAGGUAAAUUAAAAGGCUUCUCUAUGAGAAACCUUUGAUUGGAACCUGGGAUGGCUGCCAUCCGAAAGGGAGUGGAAAGUCAGGCUGGUAGGUUCAUCCAGCACUGGAUUUCAGGUAAGUUAUUGAAUUAUUUUAUUAGUUAUUUUAUUGUUUUUUGGGGGGGGGAGGGGUGAAACCUAAUAAAUAGUAAUGCCCUUCAAUAAAUUAUGAAUUAAAUUAAUAAAGUGGCAAAAAUGAUUGGAGUAAACCUAUAGUAAUGUAGAAUUACACUUCCUCAUUAGCAAUAUCAGUUUUGUCCAUACUUGGAUAGCAGUGAUAAGCUGAUAGAUACAGGAAAUCCUAGAGAUUGAAAUAUGAGGAAGUAAUGAGUAAAGGAAUGCAUCCUGGGUAGAAAGAACAGUGUAGGUGUGUAAGCACGUGUAUGCUUUAUAUGAAGGGUCAGAAAUGUCAGACAUUUUUUGGAGACUAAUUAAUUAUGUUAUAAUGUUAGAAAUGACUGAAAACUGGAGCUGUUCUUAAUGUCUUCAAUUAUGGACUGAAUGUGGUGGGAAAAUGAAAAAAAGAGAGAAAUUGCCAAGAGAGUGAACCAAGACACAUGUAUCAGGCACUGUAGAUGGAAUUUGUAAGUGCUGUGAAAUUUGUUGGCGCUUUAUAAAUACUAAUAAUAAUAAUAAAGAAACACUAUUGGGUCAAGAACACAAACAUAUUCAUGAUCCUAUACUGUUAAAACCACCAUUUAGGUGGCUUGCCCUCCCCCAAGCCCCACAAAGAAGGCUCAUAAAACCUACUUUAUUUCCAGCGCCGCGGGUGUUUGCUGCUGCUGGCCCUGCCUCCGAUCUGCCUCUUUGCUGACAUCAUCAUAAUUUAUGAUUUCAGCCAAUCCAAUACUUUCCCAUAGUUCUGAAAUCCCAUAUGGCUGAAACUGGCAUAGGCGUGCGCAGCCUAUUGCAUAAGGGUGUGCACCCUAAAGCACAAACACACACGCCGCGUAUAUAUGUAUAUAUAUAUAUAUAUAUAUAUAUAUAAAUAAAAGAAACCAAGAGGGCUGCACUCACUUGAACCAUUUAGUUAAUAGCCCCCGUCCCUUCUUACCUUUUGUAGGGAGGGGGGACCGUGCUGCCGCCAUCCCUAGUGGUCCAGUGGUGAGUGAACUCUAGCCUGCGAGGCUAGAGUUCACUCUCGCGACAUCUGAGCGUUGCCACGGCAACGCUCCGACCUCGCAAGAGGAACCCGGCACAGCUGCUGGUAAGAGCUCCCCGGGUCCUCUGAUUCCUCCCUCCGGCUUAUGGCACAUAGUGCGGGCCGCGGGGAUUAGGGUGUGCCCAGGCACACCCCAUGCGCACGCCUAUGGAAACUGGCAAAGAGGUGGGAUGGGACGGGCCAAACUCUGGCUUGGCCAAUCAGCCCCUCCUCAUAGAGAUGCAUUAAUUCAAUGCAUCUCUCUAAGGAAAAUUCAGCAUCACCACACUCUGCAUCUGAGGAGUUGCCACUGGAGGUGUUCCUAGAGUGCAAUGUUAGCACUACCUUUUCUCUGAAAAGACAGUGUUUACAUAAACAUGCCUGCAGGGAAUGAUUAUACCCACCAGAACAACCACAUUAAGCUGUAGUUGUUCUUGUGACUAUAGUGUCCAUUUAAAGGGACACUAUAGUCACCAGAACAACUACAGCCUAUUGAAUUUGUUCUGGUGAGUAGAAUCAUUACCUUCAGGCUUUUUGCUGUAAACACUGUCUUUUCAGAGAAAAUGCAGUAUUUACAUUACAGCCUAGUGAUAACUUCACUGGCCACUCCUCAGAUGGCUGUUAGAGAUCCUUCCUGGGUCAUGGCUGCCUAAAAUGCAUCCAAACAUUCAGUGUCUCCUCCCUCUGCAUGCAGACACUGAACUUUCCUCAUAGAGAUUCAUUGGUUCAAUUCAUCUCUAUGAGGAGAUGCUGAUUGGCCAGGCUGUGUUUGAAUUGUGCUGGCUUUGCCCCUGAUCUGCCUCUUUGUCAGUCUCAGCCAAUCCUAUGGGGCAGCAUUGUGAUUGGAUCAGGCUACCACUUCUGAUGAUGUCAGCAGGCAGUGGGCAGGUCUAAAGGAAAGAGUGACAAAGUAAGCAGCUCCAGACUUGAAUACAAGUAGGAUUUACUAUAUUUAGGGAGGCAUGAGGGGACCAGGGGGGCUAGAUGGUGGUUUUAACCCUAUAGGGUCAGGAAUACAUGUUUAUGUUCCUGACCCUAUAGUGCACCUUUAAAGAAUAUAGAUUAAUAGCAUUUCAGAUUUUAACAUUUUAAGAAUUAAGUUGCUGGGUGCUGUGGGUUUGUGUAAAACUCCUUAAGGAUUCUUGUAACAUAGUUUCAUACGUCCAUAUUUUUUUUUUUUGCUCUUUUUCUAAUAAAAAUUAAAUAUAUAUCUAAGUUCUAAAGCUAGUUUUCAGUAAAAUACAUUGUUUAUUCUAAAAGCUUGCUAUUCAAUAAUUUAAAAUCAGUAUUCAGUUAUUGUUAAUUCCAUUAUUUUGACAUUCAGGAUAAACUAGCUCUACUCUCAUUCACUACUGGUGGAACAGAGGAGAUGUUUUCUAAGGAUGGGAUGAGCGGUGAUAUCCGGUAUGUGCUUUGGCCCAUGCAGGUAAUAGCUUCAUUGCUGUAUACAUAAAUUACUAUGUGCUCAUGUUCAUAUGAUACAGUAUUUGAUAUUGAUUAAACCUAGAUGUUAAAACAUUUGUAAAGUGUGUCAAAAACAUUUAACAAGUGUACUUUGAUUUAGAAAAGUGGAGACAGUUUGCUAGUAAAACUGCAGUCGUAAUUACAUUUGAUUUUAUUAAUAAGAUGAGCUACAUGAAAAGAGGCAGUGUAGCCCUACAAGUUCAAGCAAUCAUAUAUCACAUGCCAUUAUGGAAUUGUACUAUUGGCAAAAUGUAUACUAGCUAGCAAUAUGUAGUACUAUUUUUAGAAUUUAAGCAUAUAAAUAUAUAUAUAUAUAUAUAUAUAUAUAUAUAUAUAUAUAUAUAUAUAUAUAUACACUAUUUUAGGAACAAAAAGGGUUACUUCAAGCAUCAUUACCAGUACACCCAUUACAGCGCUGGAUUAACAUAGGGGCUGAUGGAGCUGCAGCUCCAGGCACAUUCCUAUGGAAUAGGCCCAUUGCUUAAAUAAAAAAAGGUUUUUUUUUUUGUUUGUUUUUUUACUUCUCUUCACAUGUAGAUGUAGGGAAACAAAACUUGUGUGGACUGGCUGACAAUGAAAUUAGUUAAGGUAAAGUUGACUUUGCACUCUAUGCAAAUGCUCUUGCUGCUUCAGUCUAUUAAGAAAGUUAGGAAAGGAGGGGACAGGUGAAUGCUAGGGGACAGUCCUUUGAAAGCAUAGACCUAGCGCAUAAUUAGACACAUUUAUGCCAAGCUCAGGGUGCUCUCUGCACAGUAUGCCCCUAGUUGGUCAUCCUGCAUGAUUGGCAGGCAGCCUGACAUGCAUUCCUACCAAGCUGACCUAAUUCCUCGGGCAGAUUUUUUGGGGCAUGUUUGCCCUUAUGUGAUUCUGGUUACGUGAUUCACGUUAGUGGCCCACCCUUAUACCCUGCCCACCGAAAUCCUGCUUCAAAAGACACUGCUAUUAGGGGGUUUGGAUUUACUUGAACGAUGAAAGCGAGAAAUUAGCAUAGGACAUGUGUUUUCUGAUAGCUAUAUCCUGCUUUUUUUUUCCUCCAGCACCACCUCCACCAGAUACAUAACAAUUGGGAGGUAUUUUAGUGUUUUCUGUCGAUACGAUUCUAUAAUUAGGCCCAUCAUAAUUGUCAGCACCUGGCCCAAUGGGCUUUUAAUCUAGUCCUGCCACUGUAGUGGUAAUGAUACCAAAAGUACUGAAUAUUUGGGUGCCAUUUCCCAGUAAGUGCACAAAGUGUUCUGCAACAAUUUAGUUCUUAUUUGGGUCCUGCUGUGCGCCAAGUCUCCUUCAAUGCCGGCUGAAUUUCACUAAGCAUCUGUAAACCCGCAGCAGCCAGAUUCUAAACCCACUGAGUAUUCAUUGGCUGAGAGCGUCAACUAAACACUGUCGGCCAAUCAAUGAAUCUGUAUGCAUGGGACGGGCAUAGAAUUGACACUAGCCAGCCUGGAACAUUCAUCCGGGGCUGGCUAAUGACACCACUGGAGGUGGAGUUGCACUUCUGGCAGGAAUUAGAUAUCUAAGUAUGAACACUGCACAUCCUGGGUUGUUGCACCAUGGCCACUUCAAAAUGCUGAAAUGGUCAUGUUGGAGUAACCCUUUAAGUUAGAGCAGGUUCAUACAUUUUUCUUUGUACUCAUUCUGAAAGAUACAGUCAUAUGGUGUCUAUAAAGUAAAGUGUUUUUUGUUUUUUUACAAAAGAUAUACAAUUGUAGCAUUGAAAUAUAUAGAUAUAUAGGUGCGUUGUCAUAAAAUAGCACUUUAUCAAAUUUCAAUCAUUCAUACGUACUUUCAUACAAAAUAAAGGAGAUAAAAGAAGUAAAGUGUUUUUUGCAAAGUGCACUUACCAGAAUUUUGACUAAUUUGUCACUUUAAAAAAAAUUAUUCUUAUUCAGAGGUUUUUGUUUUUAUUUGAAUUUAGUUAGACUGUACUUUUUUGAACUAUUACACUUUUAAGGUGCUGCUUUCUUAUAAAAUAUAAAAAAACUGUCCUUUUAAAUGUUAUAGGAUAUUGUUCAUCACCUUAUUUACUUGUUUUUAUUUUUUUUUGUUUCUCAGCAUGGCAUAAUGCAUUUCUGUGGUUUCAAAGUCCUUGCCCCACAAAUUACUUAUGCACCAGAAUAUGUUGGAGAUGAAAAAAGGAAAAACAUGCUGCUCUUAUGGGCAAGGAGGCUGGAGGCCAUCUGGGAUGAGCGGCCUAUAGAGUGCACUCCACCAUGGUACUUCCAGUAGAGAACCUGGAUGAACCACUGCACAUCAUAGCUAUUUGAUGACACAAGCUCAGAUUGCUCUAUGAAAAGUUGCACCACAAUUUCUCUAUUGUGUGCAGUGUGUUAUAACUUGUAUCAAUAAAAUUGGUUAUUGAUCCUGCGG